GCCCGCGAAGACCCGUCAAUAAGGAAGUAAUUCCUUAGCAUGCUUCUUGCAAAAAUUAAGAGUCGUUCACUUGUGUUUUCAAUCCUUCUUUCUUAGAAUGGCACAAGGAGGAAGAGAUAUAAUGAGUUCUGCGUCGAAAAUUACACAACAAGCCCCUGGACGUCCGUCCGUGACAACUGGAAGUGCGUGGAUUUUAGAUGGACCCUUUCCAAUUGACGACGGUAAUAUUUACCAAACAUCUGAACAAACACCGAUUAACCAAACGUUCUUGGUUACUACCAACCAAGUGAUGAGACCAAGAGGGGGCAAAACAAGUUGGCAAGCUGAAUUUGCCCCACGUAAAUGGCUUGGUAUGUUCAAAACCGACGAGUGUUACAGCAUAGAGGAUGAUGCAUUUUAUGAAGUCCCAGUUUCUGAUGGCAACACCAAGUUAAUCCUGAUACCAACAGAAUAUUUGCACGAGCAGAAAACUCUUUCAGGCUGGCGAGAUAACGAAUUCCAGUCCAAACGUUCCCUAUCUUGUAGUCAAGAGGAGAAAGAGUCACAGUUUGAUAGAGCUGAUGCGAAACAAGAUGAGCUCUACUGUGACGUGCUAACCGACCAGUUUUCUCGGAAGCGUUACCUCUUCUGCGUAGAUGAUCAUGGAUCUUAUUUUUUGGAAUCCAAGAGAAACGAAGUUAAACUAAAAAAUUUGAAAGAUUUUCAGCCGAAUGAAAUUCCAAAGGGUGCAAUCAUCCUCGACAAAAGCGAGUGCGGCGUAGGAUUGUUGGCCUUCGACGACAAGGGAGAUAUUUGUCCAUUAUUUUUCCCCCAAAACUUGCUUGAUUCCAAUCAACAACAUCCUGUCAGUGGUUCAUUUAAUAAUAAUCCAAACCAGCCUGAAGGAAACUUGUUCUUAAAGGAAGACAACCUUGAAAGUUCAGGUAAAUAUGGUAAAGAUCAGGCAGAAGGUCAGCUGGAAAGAGAAACGCCCAAAACAUCAGAGUGCCAAGAAUAUGAAAGACAGACUUUUUGCAACAAUGCAAAUUUUCCUGAAAAUGAGACACAAGAGGACAAUGCUGCGAACAACCAAGGACAACCAAGAGGUUGUGGGGAUGGUGAGGAGGAAAAACCUCAGUUACGCAAACACCAACAUCAGGCUGAAGAAUGUUCAGCUGUGCAAGAGAGUGAAAUUGAUGAACAAGAUCCCCAAGUGGAUAAUUACGCCAAUGAAGAUGCUACACAAAAUCCCACAUCACAGACCAGGAUUCGCACAUUAGCAACCCAAAAUUCUCAUCAUGAUCAAUUCUCUGACCCUGAUUGUUUGCGUGGUGAUGAAGGUACUCCUUUUUCUAAGACAGUUAUGGAUCCCACCCCCGCUGAGCACAAGCCAACUCUUCGAGAGAGACACAGCAAUUCCCAGCAUGGGAUGGAUAGAAUUGCAUCAAUGCAAACUGAUGAGGUCUCCACAGAGAAGGAACAUGUCUAUGCAGGUUCAUAUGUAGAAAAAUUAAUCCUCAGAAAGGAACUCAUCAUGGAUCUGCUCUCCCUCUAUUUGGAUAGAUCAAUCUAUCCAAAGUUCAGAAGUGCUCCAUCAUUGGCAAAACGUUGGGAACAUCUUGCAGACUACUGCAAAGUAGAUGCUAAAAUAAAAAAGCAGUGUGGGAUCUCUGCUCAUCUGAGCCCAAGUGAAGCUAUGUUUAAAUACUUGUGCCAAUCUGAGGAGUCAAUUAACGUUGGAAACCUGAAAAAGAACCUCUUGGAAAUUUCAAGGAAAGAUGUUCAUGAUGAGCUGGCAAACAAUCAAAAUUUGCUUGAUGAUGACAAUAUGAAUGACCUUUGUGAUAAUCAUCCAGAAACAUUGCUGAACAUUUGUUUACACCUUGAUGACAAUCGCUCUGUCAGGUAUUGGUAUCACUUAGGACUCAAGAUAGGUAUCAGUGGUGAGAUACUGCGGAGCUUUAAAGGUCCCUCUGAAUUUAGCCCAAGCAGUGCAAUCUUAGAAAAGAUUGCAACUCUGAAGCCAAAGCUUCCAUUAAUGAAGGUGCUAACGGUUUUGCAAGAGGUGGAAAAGUGGGUGCCAGGCAUAUCCAAUGUGCUGAGUGAUUUAGCUGUAGAUUCAAGUAGUAGUACAAUUCAGACCUUGCUGGAUGAGUUUGAAGCUGUUGAGAAACUAACAGCUCUCUUAGAUCUUGAGGAAAGAGCCUGGAUGCACUUUGGUUCUAAGUUGGGAAUGAAAAGUCUAGAAUUAAAGAGUCUAAGGCAAGAAAGUCCACCAAGCCCUACAAAAUUACUGAUGAAACACAUUGUUGCGAAGAAACCAGACCUCACCAUGAGUUUUUUCCUGAGAGCCCUGAAAAGCAUUGAACGCUUUGAUGUCAUAAAUGAGCUUGAAAAAUUCUUUGUUGCCGAAGAUAUAGCUGACAUAUUAAAGGGUGAAGAAGACUUCACACAAUAAGAUAACAUCACUCUCCUUUAUCUGCUUUAAUUAAAAUCAAGACAGAAAGGUAAUUUGACUUCAAUUGUCUAUGGUGGUUGACAAAUUGACUAAUUGAAAGUCAAAUUGUGUGUUAACAUACCAGAAGGCAGGGGGCAUGCGCAAAUGGGAAAAUGACAACAUGAACAAAUCAACUCAGCAGAAGUUGAAAUGUGCAUCAACGUACUGGAAGCCAAAGGGCAUGAGCAACUGAACCUUCCUUGUUCUUAAAACGUAAAACAGCUGGAAGUCAAUUUGCAGAGGAAGAUAAUACAGAUAAAGCUUCAUCCAAUCUUGACUCGAUUUGACUUGACUCAUCUUUAGUUAAGUCCAUCCAUAGCAAGUUGCAGUAUAUUUUAUAAGUGCCUUGCAUAUAGACUCUCAGUAUGACUGGUUGACUAUAAAGAAGUCAAAUCAUCUGAUUUGAGUUGAAUCAAGUAGAUUUGGCAACAUUUGACUCCAUAGCAGGUUGCCGAAUCUACAAUUCGAGUUAAAUUGAAUUGAGUUGACAACCUUUUCAACCCUCCCUGUUAGCAACUUAAUGAAUAUAUUUUAAGUUUUUUUUCUAGUAAGACAUGUUAACUUAAAUUGAGAUGAGUUGUUCAAUUUGAGUUGAUAGGAGUGGCUUCGACAACAUUUUCAACCCUUAUCAUUAGCCAUUUUCUAAGUGUCUUAAAUAUUGAUGUCCGGUUUGACAUUUCCACCUCAAGAGCGACGGUUCAUUCAGAUUUCUGGUAUCACAAGAUGACUUAACUGCAAAUUGACUUCUGGUAAGUCAAUUCAUAAACUGCCUUUUUAUGCUAAUUUUGGGGUAUUAAUUGGAAAACCCUCAGGUAGUGACUUUAGAAAUAUAUAAUCUAAACCCAUAGCUAAAUGGUACACAGAUUGAAGACUUGGAGAAAAUGAAAUAGGAAGAAAUGAUAGUGACACCAAAUAUGGUUCAGUCAAUAAUUCAGUUCAGUCAUAUCUACAUAAUUCAUUGAGAGGAAACCCAUCACAAGUAGAAAAACUUCAGAUUUUGUUUUGUUUGUUUGUCAACCUUUUUUACUAAGAAUACCCUGUACCGGAAAGAUAGCAGUGUUACAAAUUAAUAUUAGUCCAGAAUGAUAGAAGAGAAGAAUAAAGCAUAGAAGUAGUUUAAAAAAAAAAAGAAUAGGUGGACAUCAAAGCUAAGAGAAGAAUUAAAGGAAGACUCAAAAAACAGUUUUAGAGGACAAAUUCAUAUAAGCACAGGUAUGCUGUUGUUGAAAUGUGAUAAUGUUAUGCUAAAACUCUUUCUGGGUUUUAUUUUGCCAAUUUCCAUAUUUGUUGUUUUACUUUGUCAUAAAGAAUAAAAGAUAGGUUCUAUAGGGAAAAAAGAAAAUGAAACUGCAUUGAAAAAUGUCCAAAAAAAAAACUUCAACCACAACAACACAAUAAUAACUAAAGCAACUUUGUAAUUUUGAUAGUUUGUACCUCUCUUCUUCAAUUCACAUUCAUCAGAGUCACAGUUAAGAUUAAGUGAGUGUAAUAAUAUCCAAGUAAAUCCAUAGAUUAUGUAUCAGUCAUUACAUCUUGGAAAACAUGGCAAUGGGACAAGCUGCCCAAACCUAUUACUAACAGGCAAACUUUAUUAAGAUCUCACCUUCAAUCCUAGAUUCCUGUCUUAUAGAUCAUUAAUCUUAUUAUUUCUUUCAAGCCUUCUCAUCUCCAAUAGUCACAUCUGGAGAAUAUAAAGAGGUACAAAUUGAACAUAAAGUUGUAGGGUCAAAUUGAAUGAUAAAUACACAGUAGUCCCAUGUGGAAAAAGAUCAGCCUGAUCUCAAGGCAGUAAAAUACUUGGAUCCAUGUUAUAUUUUAAAAUAUUGAUAUAUAACACUAUGUUGAUCUGCAACUAAUUGUUGUUGUGUUGUAUUACAAAGAUGAGGUGUCCACUGGUGCACUAAAUAUUGAUAGUUGAACUAUUAUCCAAACCUAGCCAUUAUAAUUAGUGUAAAAUUUUAUCCUUGCCUUUUUGUAUUUUCCAAAAUUAUCUUUUUUAUACUAGCUCAUUCUAACUGUAAAAAGCUACUUAAAAAGUUAAAAAAAGCUAGUCAACACAUCGGCCACUUAAUCACUUCAAUGCUUCUUCAUACACUCAUUCUUGAUUUAAAAAUCAUGUUUGAUAUAUAUCAGCACAUA